UAAAAAUUACAUACUAACUAAAUUUGGCUAACUUUCUAGAAAUACGUAUCUAUGCAUGAUAUAUUUUUCUUGUAGGAGUUGUUUUUUUUUAAACUUAACACAAUUGAUUCACUGAUUUAUUUUGUAAAAUUCUAUAAUGGCUGGUGAAGUUCUUGUUUAAAAAAAGUCUGCUAAAUGUCUAGAUUCUGAAAGGAGAAUGUCCCACACAGUCUUACCCGUGAACUCCUCAACACUCAUCAUCCAGAUUCAACCACCGACACAAACAGCACCAGCCGGGACUGUGACCAAUGCUCCUGUGCCUAUUUAUGAACAAGUAACAGGAGUUUCUCCUCUUCGUGGACUUCAGGCAUUUCUGAAAGGCCAACCGAAAGCCCUUGGGACCGUCCAGAUAAUGAUUGGUAUAUUGACUUUCCUGCUUGGGAUCGUGUCUACAAUUCAUGCAGAAUCCAUAUCUGUCUUUAGUGGUGUACCAUACUGGGGAUCAAUCAUCUACAUCAUUGCAGGUUCACUCAGCAUUGCUGCCGAAAACAAACUUAAUUCGCCCUCCGGUUUGCGUUUGGUGAAAGGUUUACUUGGAAUGAACAUUUUCAGUGCUUUAAGUGCAGUCACUGCCGUUAUUAUAAUUUCAAUUGAUUUGGCUCUAGGACCAAUGCACAUAAGUCACUGCAGAUAUGACUGUUAUGAUUUGGAGGAAAGGUAUAUGGCCUUCUUCUCGGGAAUCGGUAGUGUUUUGCUGAUAUUUGCCUUGCUUGAGUUUAUCAUCUCCAUCUAUUUGUCAUCAUUUGCCUGUAAAGUAACCUGCUGCUGUUCUCCACAGGAGUUGAAUGUUCCAGAAGUUCUACCUCGAAUGCCUUGCGAUUUUAGGCCCUGUCAUUUCAAUGAUCUUAAGAGCCCGGAGAUAUCUGUGAUCAGCAACCCUUCCACGAAUCACCGUCCUGCAGACAUACCUCCACAGUACAAUGAAAUAUAAAUAAAUAUAAUAAAAAGGGAGCCAGUAAUGUGAUCCGGCAGUGAGCUGCUUUCCAGUUUCCCAAUGAUUGUUAUUUGUAACAAUGUGUAUGUGUAUUUAAGGCACUAAUAAAAAAAAUAUCCUGA